AAACUAGAUUAACUUUGUUUCGAAUAUCGACUAUCAAAAUGUUGUCAUUUAUGUGUAUUUUGUUUUUUUCUUGUCUAAGUUCCGUUUAUUUAGCAAGAUUACCACCCAAACUUAGUUAUCAUCCUUCAAUUCAAUCUCAAAAUCUUGGAACUAGACUUAAGAUUCUUUGUUCAGUUCAAGAAGGUGAUCCACCAUUCACAUUUGUUUGGCAUAAGAAUGGCCAAAAAUUUUUUGCUUCAGCAGAUGAAAAUCAUCAUAAACUUAAUGUGAAUGAAUAUGAAUCCGAAUUGACAAUCACAAAAUUGAAUGAAAAUGAUUCAGGCAACUAUACGUGUUUGGUACGAAAUUCAAUCGGAUCAGAUAGACAAACAACAAUGGUUGUUGUUAAAGGUUCGAUUAUUCAGUAUUAUCAUUUUAUCACAAUGUAG